AUGUAUCUCCCUCGGCAGCUCAUCUCACACCUCUACCUACAACUCCUCCGAUCUCACCACCCACUUUCUCCACCCGUCUUGAUUCUCGUGGCAUUAGAGCCAGACGCGCUAUGUGCCUGUCGAAUUCUCACGUCUCUGUUAAAACGCGACUAUAUCCCUCAUAAAAUCCAACCCGUUGCAGGAUAUGGCGAUCUGUCGCGUGCGGGGGAGGAGCUAGUCCGCCCAAUGCAGACCACCAAUGGUGGCAGCGGAGGAGUUGUGGUCUGUCUCGGUGUUGGUGGUCUGGUUGAUUUAGGCGAGAUACUGGCGUUGAGCAACCCAGAGGACGAGGCGGAAGAUAUGGGAGGCGUGGAGAUCUGGGUAUUCGACGCGCGACGGCCGUGGAACCUGGGGAACGUCUUUGGUGGACAAGCUGGGAUGGGUCAAGCCAUGGCUGAAAUAGAUGCGAAUGCGCGGCGGCGAGGUCGUGGAGUUGACAAAGGGUGCAUCACUUCCGCUUACACCUCGAAGAAUGGCGGAGUCAUCGUGUAUGACGACGGAGACAUCGAGGAAGAGCUUCGCAAUGAACGAGAGGCAUACUACGCGUUACUGGAAAUGCCAGAGGUAGACGAUGACGACGAUGACGCGAGUGACGACGGGUCCGAAGACGAAACGCGGACAGGGUCGAAAAAGCGCAAAUCCUGGUCAGGUCGCGAGGACGAUGAAGAUUCAGAAGGCGAGGAGCCGCCCCACCAACGGAGGAGAAGCAAUUCAGGCUCUUCUAUUGCCUCGUCUCCGACUCGCCGCAAAAAGACUGGAAUCAAUUCUUCGAACUCGUCGCGAUCUGUGACUCCGACAACUGACUCGCCAUCCCCAGUCGAGGCAAAGCAACCCUCAGCGCGGUCAUUAAAGAAACGUUUAAUUAAUCUCAAGCGAAGACACGACUCAGUUUUACAAUCAUACUAUUCGUCUGGAACCUCAUACUCCGAACCAAUUUCGUCCCUGAUCUACUCUCUGGCAUCUGAGCUUGGACGAGAUGAUAACGACCUGUUGUGGCUUGCUAUUGUCGGUGUCUCCAGUCUGGAACUCAGUGGUCGAACAAUGACUGGAGUGGGUAUUUCAAACACAUCAGAAUCAGGAGGCUCAGCAGGCUGGGGUGGCCAACGUGGUGAACACAUCCGUCAAAUACUUCGCGAUGAAGUGCAUCGUUUGAACCCGCCUGAUCCUCUGGAGUCAAACCGUGACAUUCGAGGAGAAAUCAACGGUGUCAUUCCAACAACCGCUAGAUCACCCACCGAUACGUCGAUUCGUCUUUCUCCUGAACCGCGAUUCCUUCUGGUCCGGCACUGGUCACUGUACGAGAGUAUGCUUCACAGUCCCUAUCUUGCACCAAGGCUGCAUGUCUGGACUGAAAAUGGCCGCAAACGACUGCAUAAACUUCUGGCCAAGAUGGGAAUCAGUCUGACCCAGUGUCACCAAUACUAUACCCACAUGGAUAUGGAAUUGAAGCGUGUACUACGAUCACGGCUGCUCAAGUACGCCCCUAUGUAUGGCCUAGAUGGACUCGUGCCAGCAGAGGGAUCUGGGAGUGCGAGUGCCCGUGAGGGCUGGGGAUUUGUGCGUUGCUGGGGUUGGAAGGCGUGUCUCUCUGCCACAGACGUGGGUGUUAUUGUGGGUGCAAUGCUCGAAGUUGGGCCACAUGAGACUCUGGCUUCUUGGGACGCCAAACGUCUGCCACGAGCACGCGAUGAUACAGAGAACAGUGGAAUCACAGGCGAAUCAGACUUGGCUAGUCUGCUACCUCGGUUCUGGAGUGCAUACGACGCCCUUUCAUUAACGUCCGAAUCACCCACGAUUCUCCUAGAGUCUCUACCCCUGGCUCAGCAUCUACACCGUGCUAUCCUUCGCACUGGUACCUCCUUGCUCUCUAAACAUCAAAUCCGUCACCUUCGAGCAUUCCGCAUCGCUGUGGUCAAGGAUGGACCCGACGUCAAACUCUUCACAAACCCUGGGGCCUUGACAAAACUGGCCUUGUGGAUCGCCGAGGCCAUUCGAGUUCAAGAGAAAGAGCGGGGUGACUCAGUCAAAAUCGGUCGCAAGAGAGCAGCAGGAACUCCUCUCGUCCUUGCUGGCCUCGAUGAAGACCGCGAUCUCUAUGUAGUCGUCGGCACUGGUGGCGGUGGCGGUGUUGUUGACUUCGCUGCCAUGUCCAAGCGCCAGGAGGAGCGCAAGAAGAAGAAAGAAGCCAAGGAGAAGAAACAGAAAGAGCGAUCAGAGCGCCGGUCCAAGCGAGCAGCGGAGCGUGCUGAGCGAGAAGAGGAAACUGGUGCCGAAGACGAAGAUUCGGAAGAGUCUGAGUCCUCAUCAGAAUCGGAGUCCGAGGACGAGGAAGAUCCACGUGGAAAGAAACAUCUUCUCCGCAACCGGUUUGGUAUCGCCUUCCAGGAGGUAGUCCAGGAGACGAAUGCCCGUGUGCGCAUCGACAGCUUCGAGCAUUGUGUUGUCGAGGUCCAGAAGGAUGAUCUUGGCGGCUUCCUCGAAGCGUUGAGUUUCCGCAGUCCCGAGCACCCCGUCCUCCCCCGCGAGAGCACACUCGCCAAUCUCCCCGCAGAGUAUCCCACCGACGCGCAAGAGCAAAUCACCCAAAUCCUCACAACAGCCCCAAUUAAUCGACUGGUUGUGCUAGACGACGACCCAACCGGAACACAGACCUGCCACGACAUCUCCGUCCUAACAGUGUGGGACAUCCCAACACUAACAGACGAAUUCCAAUCAACAAAGCCAGGCUUCUUCAUCCUCACAAAUUCGCGUGCCCUCCCACCAAAAGAAGCAGAAGCACUCAUCCGAGAGAUCUGCACAAACAUCGCCCAAGUCGCCAAAACGACAAACCAAAAGGCCGACAUCGUCCUCCGUGGCGACAGCACAUUACGCGGCCACUUCCCUCUCGAGCCGGACGUCGCGCAGUCGGUCUUUGGCCCUGCAGACGCACUUGUUCUCGCCCCGUUCUUCUUCCAGGGUGGGAGGCUUACCAUUAACGAUGUGCACUAUGUCACCGAAGGCGACAGCCUCGUCCCAGCGGGCAUGACACAGUUCGCCAAGGACGCGACGUUCGGAUAUAAAAGUUCCAAUCUGCGGGAUUACGUGCUUGAAAAGGCACCCGGUCGGUUCAACGCAAACCAAUUGUGCUCUGUGACAAUCGAGGAGAUCCGCACCGGCGGGCCGCAGACCGUCUGCGAGAAACUGCUUGCUGCACCGGUUGGUGGGGUAGUCAUCGUCAAUGCGGCCACGGAGUGUGACAUGCACGUCUUCGUGGCGGGAUUGCUACUUGCCGAAUCCAAGGGCAAACACUUCCUGUACCGCACAGGCGCGGCCUUCGUCUCAACUAGACUCGGUAUCCGUUCUAAAGCACCCAUCUCCGCUGCUGAGCUCCACCUGCCCUUGCCGCGCCAGACGGGCGGGCUUAUCAUUGCCGGAUCAUAUGUUCCUAAAACUACAGCGCAGCUUAAAGUAUUGACGGAUCGGCGCGGCACGUCGGGUCAGUUGGCGAUCAUUGAAAUGAAGGUCGAGGAACUUAUUGCGUCGCCGGAGACUGUGGCGCGGGCUGUUUCGCGUGUCGUGGAGGAGACGGAAUCGCGUCUGCGGGCUGGAAUGGAUACGCUCGUUAUGACGAGUCGGGCGCUUGUGACUGGUGACGAUGAGGUGUCGUCGCUGAAGAUUGGAUCUGUGGUUGCUGCGGCGUUGGUUGGUGUUCUACAGCGGAUUGAGGUGCAGCCGCGGUUUAUUAUUGCAAAGGGCGGGAUCACAUCUUCGGAUGCUGCGACUAAGGGCUUGAAUGUAAAGCGUGCUACUAUCGUUGGCCAGGCGGCGCCUGGUGUGCCUCUUUGGCGGUGCGACGAGGAGACAAGUCGCCAUCGCACUGUGCCUUUCGUGGUCUUUCCUGGAAAUGUGGGUGGAGAGGAGACGCUUUGCGAGUUGGUAGAAAGGUGGAGUUAG